GAUUCAAAUUUCCGGAAGCUGUGGAGGCUUCUGCUGUGGAGAAGGGCGGACGACGUCGUUGUCUCAGAAUAUUCCAGAUAUGUCCUCCAGAAGCCCCAAAGAUUUUGUUAAAAGUAAAUUGGGAUUAAAGACUAGCACCUCCAAAUCUGAAACUGAAUUAGAGAACUUUAAAAAAGAAAGUGCAGCUCUUAAAAAGUCUAUGGAAGAAAAUGCAGAUGCAAAAGGAAGGGUGGCAGAAAAAGAAAUUCACAGACUUCAAGAGAAAGUAUUUGCCCUUGAAACUGAAAAGGAGAAGAAUAGUUACCAUCUGACAGAGAAAGAAAAAGAAAUACAGCAAUUAAAAGUCCAGCUGAAAUCUAGAAGUAGCAUCAGUUCAUUACUGAGUCAAUUAGAAGAAAAAACUAAAGAGGCAGAGAGAAGAGAUCAACUCUUAAAGUCUUUAUCAGAAGAGACCGACAUUCUGAAAAAGCAGUUGUCUGUAGCAACCACAAGACUGUCAGAACUUGAAAGCAAAGCCAAUACACUUCAUUUAUCACAGAACAUGGCUACACGUUUCACUGAAUCACCUGUGGUUAAUAUUCAUGCAGUGGAAAUGCAGCUGAAAGACGCUCUGGAGAAGAAUCAGCAGUGGCUUGUAUAUGAUCAGCAGCGAGAGGCCUAUGUGAUGGGCCUUAGGGCAAAAAUCUCUGAAUUGGAACGGCAGUUAGAAGCAGCUGCUCAUUCACCGCAACAGCAGUCAAAAAGGAGUGACUCAGAAGGCUGUCUUCAAGAAGAGAGGCAAAACCACUCUGACCAUCUCUGGAUGAUGAAUGUCCAAAAGGACCUGGAGGCUGAACGACAAACUGUAACCCAUCUGAGUUUUGAACUUGAUGAAUUCCGAAGGAAAUAUGAAGAAGCCAAGAAAGAAAAUGUAGAUUUAAAUAACCUGUUGUCUUCUCUAAGAGAGGCUGAGGUACAACAUAUGGAAGAUAACAGGUACAAAACAGGGAAAAUACAGAAACUAAAGAAAGAGAAUGAAAUUGCCAGAGAGAAACUUGAAGAAGAAAAAAAAAGGUCUGAAGAUCUGUUAUCUCAGGUCCAGUUUCUCUCCACAUCUCUGCUAAAGCAACAGAAGGAACACACAAGGGUGGCUUUAUUGGAACAACAGAUCCAGGCUUGUACUAUAGAUUUUGAAAAUGAAAAAUUUGAUCGCCAGAACAUGCAACAUCAAUUACAUAGAGUUCUUAAGGAGCUAAGAAGAGCAAGGGAACAAAUAAAACGGCUGGAGCCCAUGAAACAAGUCCAGGAGUACGUCCACAUAGAGCGGUCUGACCGUUUCCCAGGAGAUCAUGAGGAGAAGUUAAAAACGGAUUCACCAAAGCGCUCUAAUCUGUUGGAUGAGAGCUUCUUAGAGUGUCCCAAAUGUAAAACGCAGUACCCAACGAGUCAGCACAGAGAAUUAUUAGCUCAUAUUGAUAUCUGCGAAAACUAGCCAGGUAAUACUUGUAUUUAUGCGUCAGAGAGCCGAUACUGUAUCUUACGUUAGCUUGUGGACAUUUUGAAUUCACAUUUCAUUUAAAACUGUAGAAGACGCUGUCUGCCUGCCUUUCAGAUUCCAGCUGAUGGAGUCGAUCAUUGUACUUAUCUGGCUACUUUCUAAUUUCCAUUGCAGUGAUAUUUCCCAGAUUCAUGUGUCAUCUAGGCAUGUUAAAGAUAAUAGAAUUUUCUGAAUAUAUAUAUUGAGACUACUGACAUUUUCUACUAUAAAAUAUUCACUUGGGAAAUGGAAAUGCAUAGGGAGUUCAGAUUAUUUUUAGUGCUCACACACCAAAUAUUUUAUGUUCAAUGGUGCAAUAAAGUAAACACUGGCAAGAACUUUUGUAGAAAGUCAGUAACAGUUAUAGAGGAAUGUUUUAUCUUUUGGUCUAAGCACUUAUAAAACUAGAAUACUGGUUUGCAAACACUGGUUUGCAUGUCCUUUAAAAAAACUGCAGUUGUGUUUGUCAUUAUUUUUAUUAUAUUAUCAGCAUAGUAUAGGAAAAGUAUGAAGUGACGUGUUUUUGCUGCUUGUUGAUGUGUCUCCUGUAUCAGCCAUGUUCAGAGUGUAAAACAGAGACUGCCUGUGCAGACCACAGUAACUGAGAAGCAGCUGCACGUGGUGUUUACUUUCAUAUUUACUGGAAAGGUAUUUCAUCAGACUUUCCAUAGCAUAUGCUGGUCCACUGAAAAAUUAAAGCUCAUUCUGCCAAAAGCAUCUAGGCCUCUCAUUGGAACCAGAAACAUUUUAAAAUUUUUCUUGGCAUUUCUAUAUUCUACAACUUAAAUCUGGAAAAUGUAAAUAUAGGGUAACUUUUCAGAAUAAAUUUUUUUA